UUCGUUUAACUUCUGCCUCAAAGAUGUGUUUUAUAUUUAUUUAUAUUUUGUUUGUUUAUUCUGUUUACAUCGUGUGGUGACUGUUUUUGAUCGUUUGUUGAGAUGACGUCACGUCCCCGUUGUUUCAACUUAAACAGCCUUUUGAAGGGAGUUUGAUCAAAUCAACCAAUGUUUCCAAUAAUCGAUCGAUCGAUCGAUCGAUGGAUCUCCGUGUGGCCCCGCCCCCACAGCUCGUCCAGGACCGGUCGCGCCUCUCGGUGCCUGUUCCACUCAGUGGAGGAGGAUGAUGCUGGACACUCGUGGGCUGCCCACUGUACACAGGGCUUUCCCUCCCAAAAGGAUGAGAGAGACCGGCUGCCAGUCUGUGCAGUCUGUGCAGGUCUUGCAGACUGCAGUCGCUGAGAUGAUGAUGAUGAUGAUGAGCUCCAACGUCUCCGAGACUUUUCGCGGAGACAAUGUCACCAAGAACUCCAGCUGUGGGUCUGUGUCGGUUGGCUUCCCCAUCACCAUGAUGGUCACCGGGAUGGUGGGCAACUCUCUGGCUCUCGUCCUGGUCUACGUGUCCUACAUCAAGAAGGAGAACAAGAGGAAACGCUCCUUCCUGCUGUGUAUCGGAGCUCUGGCUCUGACCGAUCUGUUCGGACAGCUGCUGACCAGUCCCAUUGUCAUAUCGGUGUACAGAGCCGAUCUGAACUGGGAGCGCGUCGACUCCUCCGGAACUCUGUGCGCCUUCUUCGGCGCCAGCAUGACAACUUUCGGCCUGUGCGCGCUCUUCAUGGCCAGCGCCAUGGCCGUGGAGAGAGCGCUGGCCAUAACGAGCCCCCACUGGUACUCCAGCCACAUGAAGACCAGCGUGACCAAGCACACCCUGGCUGCCAUCUGGCUCCUGGUGCUGCUCUUUGCGCUGCUGCCCGUCGCGGGAGUGGGCAAGUACACCCGGCAGUGGCCCGGCACCUGGUGCUUCAUCAGCGCGGGGGACAGAGACGUCCCGGGAAACACGUUCUUCGCCGUCACUUUCGCCGCUCUGGGGGUGUUCUCUCUGCUGGUCACCGUGUCCUGUAACGUGGUGACGAUCCGGGCUUUAAUAAUCCGCUGUAAGACCAAGACCGGAACAUCUCAGUCUUCGAGGCAGUGGGAGAGACUGACCACGGAGACCGUGGUCCAGCUGCUGGGGAUCAUGUCCGUCCUGCUGGUCUGCUGGUCUCCGCUGCUGGUUCUGAUGCUGAAGAUGAUCUCCACCCAGGUGUCCUCUCACCAGUGCAGUUCCACGGCCGUGGUGUCGGCGCCGGGCUCCGGCGGAGACGCUCAUCUGGACUGCAACUUCUUCCUGACCGCCAUCCGCCUGGCCUCCCUCAACCAGAUCCUCGACCCGUGGAUCUAUCUGCUCCUCAGGGAAAUCCUCCUCCGCAAGUUCUGCAUCGUGGCCAACGCCGUGUCCAACUGCUCCGUGGAGGAGCAGAAGGAGAACCCCAACGCCAUGGAGGUCCUGACCAAGCAGGAGAACCAGGACGCUACACACCACAACUGAGGAGAGGUGUUCGAUUCCAGAGGCCGAGGUAAAGUCUGUGCAUGAAAACAGAUGAAAAAAAAAGGACACGACGUUGUGUCUUCAAACGGAGGAGGACAAGAACUUUAGGGGAACAGACGGAUCUGCAGUCGGCAGGUUGGUCUUAGUGGGAAAAAAAAAAGUCACCAGCAUGUAAACGCAUGACCACCACAGACUGUCAGUGACCACCACAGACUGCCAGUGACCACCACAGACUGUCAGUGACCAGGACAGACUGUCAGUGACCACCACAGACUGUCAGUGACCACCACAUACUGUCAGUGACCACCACAGACUGUCAGUGACCACCACAUACUGUCAGUGACCACCACAGACUGUCAGUGUCCAGGACAGACUGUCAGUGACUCCCUGAUUUUUUUAAAUAAAUUAUUUGUAAAUGUCUGUAAUGAUAUAACUCACAUGAAGCUUUGAAAAUCUUUAACUGGAGCCAAGACUUCAUGGUCUUUAUCAAAGAGGAUCUGAGUCCAACUGGUUCUGGUUCUGGUUCUGGUUCUCCUGCGAGUCAGAUGUUGUAAAUGUUGUAGUACACUGUUAGUUCCUGGUGUGGACCAGCUCCUGGUGUGGACCAGCUCCUGGUGUGGACCAGCUCCUGGUGUGAAGGCGACGUCUGUGUUUCCUCUGCAGCUAAUCACAGUCAUGAAGUGUCGUUACAGCAGUCUGUCCUUCAUGCAGGAACAUUAUUCCCACAAUGCCGAGGGAGGGACACAGUAGAGCGUGAGGCUCAAGUGUCUCAGUUCUGUCUCACGGUGUGUCUCAGUUCUGUCUCACGGUGUGUCUCAGUUCUGUCUCACGGUGUGUCUCAGUUCUGUCUCACUGUAAGACACUGUAACGAGCUCUCUAAUUGGUUGUGAAUUUUCUCAGCGAGUAUC